AUGAACAAGAACAUCCAUACAGGCCGCGACAGUGGAUAUGCACGCAGCGAAUUGAGCUCGAUGCUCAAUAAAAUACCCAUUGUGACCAGAUGGGUGAUUGGUGCCAUAAUACUGCAAACUAUCGUAAUCAGACUGGAGAUUCUCCCUGCUGAGAAAACGUACUACCAUUUCGCCCUUUCCGCAAAAAAACUACAGAUCUGGAGGCCCGUUACGGCGUGCUUUCUGCUGCCUCCCAGCUCCGCAAUGGCCCUGAUGGAUCUGUACACCAUAUACUCGAGAUCGGCCGACCUGGAGCGAAGAAGAAACACAUUGGACUACCUGUUCUACAUGUGGUUCUGCAUUUCGGCACUUGCUGCACUAGCUGCCGCAUUCUUCGGACUAAGAUCCUACGUCAAUCUGGAGACUAGUUUCAAGUUUUUCCUAUCCUACACCUGGUCUGUCGACAACGCAAAUGCACGGGUUGUGUACUUUGGUCUGUUCCCCAUCUUGGCCAAAUAUAUACCGAUAAUGGAGUUGUUUUUGGCCUUUCUGUUCAACGAGAACUUCAUCGCUCCCCUUAUGGGCCUGAUGGUCGCCUACGUGUUCCAGUGCCUCGAUACCACGUCCUUAGGACCCAUAUACGGCUCCAUACGUCAUAUCCACGGCUAUGGCUUCUCGCCAACGGGCCACUUUGGUAUGCCGAAAAUCGUCAAAAACAUCUUCGCAACCAGAAACAACAGCUUCCGCCAGCCGGGCGCACCUACAGCCGCUUCUGCGAGGUCUGCGAGACCAGUGCGUCACGAGUUUCCUGGAAAGGGCAGACGGCUCGGAGACUGA